AUGGGCUCACCGCAAGAUCUUCAGAAGGACGACGAAAAGACUGUGGCGGCCACGUCCGGCCCUCUAGAGAUGCAGCAAAGCCAAAUGGACGACGACAACCUGAAGACCGCCCGGAGCAACAUACAAGGAGAUAUCAAGGAUCUCGACGAGGCUGGCCUCUUUCUCCAACAGCACAACUUCAGUGGCGACUAUCUGGCCGAGCUGCUGGAAGACACUGCCAUGAACAAGCGCGUCAUUCGCAAGGUCGACUUGCUCCUCAUGCCGCUUCUGUGUGGUACGUAUUUUCUGCAGUACAUCGACAAACAAGCAGUCUCGUACUCUGCCGUAUUCGACCUCUUCGAGACUACUGGCAUCACUGGUAGUCAGUACAGCUGGCUAGGUUCUAUCUUCUACUUCGCAUACUUCUUCGCGGAAUGGCCAUCGGCGUACCUGGCCCAGCAUUUUCCCACUGGUCGAGUCAUCGCUUGCUAUUGCUUCAUGUGGGGCACGGUUAUGCUCUGUACAGCUGCAACUCACAAUUUUGCUGGCUUUGCUGCAAUGAGAUUCCUGCUGGGUGUGUUUGAAAGUGUGGUGACGCCGGCCUUCAUGAUGAUCGUUGGUCAGUACUAUCUCAAGUAUCAACAACCCGCUCGCGCAGGCAUGUUCUACUGCUUCAACGGAGUUGGGAGUGCCACUGGUGGGAUCAUAUUUUAUGGUGUCGGCUAUGCAAAGAACUUCCCGGUCUGGAAGAUCAUCUACCUCAUUUGCGGUGGUCUAACGGUCCUCUGGGCCAUCGUUCUGUUCUUCCGACUACCAAACGACAUUAUGAGCUGGAAGAAAUUCACUCCAGAAGAGAGGGCUCUCUUGAUUGCUCGCGCUGCGAAAAAUCGUACUGGCGUCCUAAAUCGAAAGAUCAAAGUGUCGCAAAUCCGCGAAGCAUUGACCGAUCCCCAGAUCUGGAUUCUUUUCUUCUUCACACUACUCAACGAGAUCAUCAAUGGGGGCAUCGCAACUUUGGCAAGCUCAUUGUCAAGUCUAUGGCUGGCGGUCAUGUGGGUUUUCACGGGGCCAUUCCUCGCUUCACGCAUCAAGAAUGCUCGUACAUACAUCAUGGCUCUGUGGCUUUGCCCUACUAUAAUCGGGACGACUCUUAUCUGGAAGCUCCCACGUACCAAUCUCGGUGGUGGCUUGGCCGGAUACUACAUGGUCGGGUCCUUCGUUGGCGCCCUUGUCAUCGCUUUGCAGUUUCCUGCCUCUAACGUCGCAGGCUAUACGAAGCGCACCACGAGCACAGCCUUUGUGUUCCUCGCCUACUGCAUCGGCAACAUCAUCGGUACGUCUCCCAAACCCCAGACUGCUCAAUUCUUCCUCACAAACUAUUCAUUAAUUGACACCCCUCUCCCAGGUCCCCAGGCCUUCCUUGCCCGCGAAGCCCCAAUCUACGAGACCGGCGUCAAGACCGUCCUCGCCUGCUCGGUCGGGCAGUGCAUCCUGGCACUGGUCCUGCGUGCUCUGCUGGUCUAUCGCAACAAGAAACGCGAUCGCGAGGAGGCGGAAAACCCAAGUCCGCCGGAUGAUGGAUCGGAGGUUUUGGAGGAUCUGACUGAUUUCCAGAACCGGAAGUUUAGGUAUAGUUUGUGA